AUGGCAGUGAUGAAAAUCAAGUUUAACCAGAAGAAAAGAGUAAAACUAGCACAAGGAUUAUGGCUCAUGAAUUGGUUUUCAGUUUUUGCUGGAAUUGUUGUUUUUUCUAUGGGACUUUUCCUGAAAAUUGAACUCAGGAAGCGAAGUGAAAUAAUGGACAAUUCUGAAAGCCACUUUGUGCCUAACUCUUUAAUACUGGUAGGUCUACUUGCCUGUGCAUCCAAUGCUCUUGCUGGCAAGAUAUGCUACGAUUCCCUGGAUCCUGCUAAAUUUGAAAAAUGGAAAUUUUUCUUGAAACUCUAUUUAAUCACAUGUGUAGUUUUUAAUGUCUUCAUUUUUUUAAUUGCUCUUAUUUGCUUUCUGAUGAGGGGUUCUCUUGACAGUACACUGGCAGAUGGGUUAAAAAAUAGUAUGAAGUUCUACCGUGACACAGAUACUCCAGGAAGAUGCUUCAUGAAGAAGACAAUUGAUAUGCUUCAGAUUGAGUUCAAAUGUUGUGGAAAUAAUGGUUACAGAGACUGGUUUGAGAUUCAGUGGAUCAGCAACCGAUACUUAGAUUUUGGCUCCAAGGAAGUGAAAGAUCGCAUUAAAAGUAACGUGGAUGGCAAAUACUUGGUGGACAGCGUUCCCUUCAGCUGCUGCAAUCCAAGUUCUCCACGGCCAUGCAUCCAGUACCAAGUUUCUAAUAAUUCAGCUCACUACAGUUACGACUAUCAAACAGAAGAGCUCAAUCUAUGGACUCGUGGCUGCAGAGAGGCUCUCGUUAAUUACUACAGUGGCAUAAUGACCUCCAUGGGACUGAUUGUCCUCUUUGUCUGGCUUUUUGAGAUGUUAAUAAUGAUAGGGUUGCGCCUGUUGCAUACCUCUCUGGAAAGCAUCACCAAUCCAGAAGAUCCUGAAUGUGAAAGUGAAGGAUGGGUCCUGGAGAAGAGUCUGAAAGAUACUUUCAAAUCCACUCUGGAAAAUUUGAAAAACAUUGGUAAGGGAAACCAAGUGAAUGCUGAAGGUGCAGAAGAUGAAGGUGCAAAAACCCAAGCUGUUGCAACCGUCAGCUGAGUUUCCCAGUUAACAUGACUGUACCUAAAGACUGAAAAUUGUGAAUUCUAACUUUUGAGAAAUGAGCCAUCACAGCUACAUAUUUAUUAAUAACACUUAACAUUUGCACUUACAGCAAGAACAUUACAAAGCAUCUUGAUAUAACCAAUAUUAUAUGUAUAUAUUAAGAUGAGUACUUUUAUUGGAAAUGAUUAACUAUUAUCUUAAAGUAAGUAUUUAAGGCAUUUGAGUCUUUCAUAUUAAAAUUCAAACAUUGACUUCUAUUUUGGUAUUCUGGCACUGUGCAUUUGGUUGUGGAUCACUGGAACUGGAAACCAAGGAGAAAAUGUAAUUAUUUUUAUAUUUUAAGUUUACAAAUAUUUGGAAAAGUGUGUAUGCUGGAUUAUGCGUACUUAUGGUAAGUCAACAACAACAAAAAAUACUGACUGAAAAAAUUAGAAAGGUAUGGAGAAAAAUGCAUUUUAACUUUCUUUUUGGACAAAAACAGACAUCUAAAAUUGCAAUUGAAGAACUGUAUUCAGUCAUAUUUAUUGACUAUAUAGCAAUAACUAAGUUAGUUGCACUGAAUUUUAAUGCACUGAAUGGAAAUGGAUAAUUUUAUAGAAGCAAGAUUACAGUACAUAGCUUUGUAAACCAGUAUAAAUUUUAACCUAAGUUGCUAAUACUUAUUCAUCUGUAAAUCAAAUGCAAAAAAAUAAGCUGUCUUUUAAGAAAGAACCAUGAAGCACUUUUUGUAACCCGCAUCAAAAUAAACAGUUACCAUAUUCAGUAAAAGGGGUUAAGGAUUUUUUCCUGGCACUGAGAAGCAACUAAAAAGAUUUGCACAUUAAUUUAGUGAAUUAGAUGCUACAAAGAAAGGCCUGGAGUUGCCUGUUAUGGUAACAUACAGAAGAUGACGGUUUCAAUGCAUUUUAAUACAAAAUGUAUUCACUAAGAUUGUCUAGUAUUGUAUUAUUCUGCAGGUAUCUUUUAACAUUUAUAAGCUGGAGUGAAGCAAGGCGGAAUCAAAUAAAUAUCUUUGUCUUAUAUGAAGCACUCACAGAGACACUACAUAAAUACAUCUUUGCCAGGUGAGCCUUUCCCAAGAGAAAGCAGAGAAGUCUGCCUAUUAAUCAGCAGUCUAGUUGUAGAAUUGAGCCAACCCGAGUCUUGUAGCCUUUGAUAAGAGUAAUGAAGGAAGAAUUAAUGUUACUAUGAUCAAUAAAAAGCAGAAUAAAGUUGUUCAGAGACAAGUGACAGCAAAGGCAGUUACAGACAGGAGGUGCUUGUUGACAAAGCCUCUUCUGAGGUCUAAGUUAAAUUAAAUUUAAGAUCAAUAGUCCACCUUGGUGGAUCUGUUUUCACUGGUGGCCAUUUCCCCAGUUUUGGGCCUUGGAUUCCAUUUAUUUGGAAAAGGCAGCAGCAAAAAGUAGGAUCCUUGCCUGACUGAUGGCAUUGUAACGGUGCAGAAAAUAGAAAAUCAGCAAAUGGCUGGUAGUUCUCUCUUAAUAUGAAGCUCCAGCCAUGAAGAGAAUAGCAAAACUUUUGAAAUAAAAAAACGUGAUGCUGAAGGUGAUAUGAAAUGGAAUAAGGUUGAAUGCUUAAAUGAUCAAGGAAGGGAACUUAGCAAUAAAAAGAAGUAGGGGAGGAGAGAUGGAAAAGGCAGAAAUGCCACAAGGACUUCUACUGCAUUAGUCCCAAUCAGCAAUGAUGAUGUUCAGGCAAGGAUUUUAAUAACAACAGUUAUGUCAAGUGUUGAAGCUGAAGAACGAUCACUGUUUGAUAAUUGCUUGAAUAUGAAAAGUGGGAAAAACUUUAUACCUUUAUUCAAUUCUGCAUAUGCUAUCUUUCUUUUGAAGUGGUCAUUUUGCUUGUAUUUUUUGUAAUGGCAUUUUGGGGUUUCCUCAAAUAGUAUCCAAAUCCUACAAUAUAUGCUGGUAUGUUUUAAAGUAUUAGGACAGUCAGUACUCUGAAUCUUUGCUGAGUUAUGUGAUUGUUUCAUGACGGUAGUUUUUUAAACCAGAGAUGAAAAGUAGGGAAAUGGGAAUCUAUUUCCUACAUUUGCAAGACUCACUACAAACAUAAUAUGCUAACAGAAGCCUUAGUUUUUGUAUAAACCUGGUUUAUCAUGGAUCUAAUUAGAUCAAUGAGUCAAAUAUUCAUAUAAAGCAAUUGCUAAAAAGUUUAAUUAGGAAGGUUUCAGAAAUCUCAUUGGGGCUAUUUCACUGUGCUAAUUCUUUGUAUGUUAUACAAAUGUUCUGUAAAUAUUCCAGAAUUUUAUUGUAUUGCAUUAAAAUUUACCUCAAGUCUAAACAUACUCAACUCAAACUAUCAUUUCUCAUUGAUGGGGGUUUUAUCUGGUUUCAUUUUUUUACUCAAUACCUUUAUCAGAAAAUGUAAGUUUAUUUCCAGUUGCCAAUCAUCGAAACUGACAAAAGAUAUCCAUUAUAAUCAGUAAACCAGAGCAGAAUCAGAUUUGUGUCCCACACCACAAUUAUGUAUAUUUUUUGUAUGAGAAUUUAUUCUUGCUCUUUCCCUUGAAGUAGCGACAUCUCAAU